AGGAGUGUGAUUAAUAGGGAAUAUAGAGUGAGUGCUGUAUACUCCACAGUGCAGAGUGUGACGCCACAGUUGAUAUGAUCAGAAGCCUGGAUUUGAUUGGUUGAAAUCUGCGGGUUGGGUUAAUGUUUACUGCAUAAUGUUCUGACAUCAGGGUUCAAAGGUCAGGCUUAGCAGAAAGGGCCACGCUGUAGGUGAUGAGGCGCUGAGGAGGUAAGGAGAUAAAGGAGAAGAUCGGACGCUGAGUGGAGAACACUAUGGUAGCGAUUACAGAAUUUCAGAAGAUCGGGGUGGGGAUUUCAGGCUUCGGCAUUUUCUUCAUUCUGUUUGGAGUGCUGCUGUACUUUGACUCUGUCUUGUUGGCGUUUGGUAAUAUCCUGUUCCUGACGGGUCUGGCCUUCAUCAUUGGCCUGAGGAGAACCGCCCACUUUUUCUUCCAGAGACAAAAACUCAGAGCCUCCUCCUUCUUCCUGGGGGGCGUGGCUUUAGUGGUGCUGCGAUGGCCUCGCAUCGGCAUGCUGGUGGAGAGUUACGGCUUUUUUCUUCUGUUUAAAUCAUUCUUUCCAAUGGUCUUUGGAUUCCUCGGAACAGUCUUAAAUUUGCCUUUCCUCACAACUUUAUUUAAUUUAUCAGAGAGCAGCUCCUCCAUGGUCUGAGGAGGAUGGAGGUGAUGAAGAAGCUGAACUGCUGGAUUACAGUGUGAAUAAAGUGUUUUGGUCUUUACUUGUGCUCCUGGAGGCCCAGCUUUCUGUUCAGUCAAGCACAAAUUAUUAUUAGAUAGUUAGAGAGCAGGUGAAACUCUAAGGCUGUGUCCCAAUUGUGUACUAAAUGUAUAAAACAAAUACUAUAAGGUAUAUACUGUGUACUAGUCGUAAUAGUGUGGGUUUAGCAGGUUAGUACACAAAAUAUUAACAUACUAACAAGAAGUGAUGAAACAUCAAGCGUUCUCUAGCAUUUUAUUUAUUUUAUUAUGUUUUUUUCAAUUAUUUUUCUUCCUUUUUUCCUUUGUAUAUGAUGAUGAGAAUAAUGUUUCACAUUUUGUAUGUUUGUAAAUGUUGCUAAUACUGCAGUAAAUCUAUAUGGUGAAUACA